AUGGUUACCGUCAUGAUUUCUAUUAUUAUUUUUUUAAAAAAUCCGUUUGUUAUUUUUAUUUACACCUCUUUUACUGGUAUGCUCAUUUUACCAUAUUGCAUUCGUGCCACGAAAAGCCAGCAUUAUGAGUUUUUUGCUUGGUUCUUUUAUAUUUGUGCACGCGAUUACGGACGUUUCAGCUCAGUGGAGCUUAUUCCGUUUCAAUCCCCUUUCUUUUCUCUUCCGUGUGUUUUCUUUAUUUCUUUUGGUCUUCACUCUUUGGUACUGUGGCUUUUGUAUUGUAGUUGCGGUGGUCUUGACUGA